GCCAUUUACAUCCAAUCAAAUACAGGUAAGAAACUGAUCACUGCUCCCCUAAAUUAAAAUAAAUCGAAUCAAAUCCGAUCAAUCGAUUCCGCCAUGGAUUUCUUCACCAAAGCCAAAUCCGUGAAGCUGAAGAGCCGCCACGAGAAAUACCUAACCGCCGACGGCGACGGCGCCUCCGUCUUCCAGGAUCGGUCGGAUUCCGCCGCCGCGAUUUGGGCGGUGGAGUUCGUGGAGGGCGCGGAGGGCGUGGUGCGGCUGCGGAGCUGCUCCGGCAAGUACCUGACGGCCAAGGACGAGGAGUUCCUCCUCGGCGUCACCGGAAGGAAGGUCGUGCAGUCUGUGCCGCCGAAGCUGGACUCGUCGGUGGAGUGGGAGCCGGUCAGGGAGGGGAUGCAGAUCAGGCUCAAGACCAGGUACGGAAACUACCUCCGCGCCAACGGCGGAUUGCCGCCGUGGCGGAAUUCGGUGACGCACGAUAUUCCGCACCGGCACCACGACUGGAUCCUGUGGGAUGUUGAGGCUGUGGAGAUGCGCUCCGACGCGGAUUUGACGGAGGAAGACGUCAGGUGCUCCAAUUUCAGUCUCCGCCUGCCGAGUAAUCUGUCUAGUUCUUCGGAUGAUUCAUCAAAGAAAUACGAAGGCCGCCUCAUAUACUACUAUGUUGUGGACGAUGAUGGGAACGCUGAUGAUUCAGUUGAAGGGCUGAGCUUUCAGCUCAAAGGGAGUAGGCUAGAGGACUUGAUCCAGAGGUUGGAGGAAGAGACUGGACUCGAGGACAUCAUUGUGUGCUCCCGUAGUCGUCUCAAUGGCAAGCUCUAUCCCCUUCGCCUAGCUCUGCCUCCAGACAACGCGCCUAUGCACGUCUUCAUAGUCCCCUCCACCUCUAGGGCGGCAAAUGAGUUCAUGCCAGCAGCUUCGCGUUCGCCUUCUCUUGCUCCUCAUCCUUAGAAUUUCUGCUCUCAAGCACGACGUUGUCUAUCUAUCUAUCAAUCUGUCUAUCUAUUUAUCUAUGUGCUCAUCUUCAAUGAAUUUUUAUGGGAGUACUAUUGUUUCUACAAAGGAAACAUAAGAGAGAUUGUUCAUUUGUUUGUCUGAAAAAUGAUACCCAUACUGAACAAAAUUUUCUAUGUUUUUGUUGAGUUAAAA